UUGACCACUCACAGCAGGGAAACAUCGGACUUGGAACCAAAAAAAAGCAGUCAUGAGCACAUCAGAACAACUACCCAGGGAGUUAAGAGACUCACUCAAGAACAUCGAAAGCGCAAUCCACGAACUAGAAUCAGUCCAACUCAAACAACUAUCAAGAACUCAGCAUCAACAACAAGAACAUGAGAAAGAAGACUCGUUCACAUCGAUCACCAAUCAAAUCAAAUCAGAACUCAAUCGAAUCGAUCACCAUCUCGAGGAACUUGAGAUACUCGCGGAUGAGUGCGAGGAUGAAUCGAGCAGAACGGAGGCACUCAGAAUCGUAGAGGACCAUCGGAAGCAUGCAACCAGACUCAGAGCGAGCUUCCGGACGAUCUCCUUGGAAGUCAAACGAACCCUCGCCAACAACACGCUCCAGUCUUCAAGAGCCGAAUUACUCAGUGGAGCGACAGCCAAGCCCGGUAGGUCAUCAAACACUGAGGAGGCUUUGAUGUCCGCCUCCUCCGACGUCACUCAAUCUCUCCGGAAUACUCUCGAGAUCAUGAGGCAGGAACUGGAUCGCUCGGUAAUGUCGACUCACUUAUUAGAACAACAAACGGCCACCUUACAACUAACUUCGGAUCAAUACAUGAGUUUUGGAGAGUUAAUGAAGACCUCAAGAGCGUUGAUCAGUACGCUCCAACGGGCGGAUCUAAUGGACCGGAUCUUGCUGACUGGGGCCCUCUUAUUUUUCAUGCUGGUGUGCAUCUAUAUCCUGAAGAAGCGGAUCCUAGACCGCGGAGUAUCGGUGCUCUCGACCAUCCUCACUCCACUCACACGGACGACCAAGACGAUAAUCAACAGCAAUAACAAUAAUGUUCAGCCAUCGUCUACUAGUGAUCAGAUCGUAGUGGGCUCAUCAGACACCAAUGAUCAGAUCCUCACCGCCGCCGCUUCUGCUGCUACUGCAGUCGCCGUCUCCCUCAUCCCUGGCCUCGUCUCUUCUCCCGAUUUGCCCAUACCUCCUCCUCCUCCUCCUCAUCCUUCUGGAAAUCUUCCUGCUAAACCUCCUCCGAUUGAUGCCCAUCCUCCCUCUGUUGAUCCUAAACAAUCCAUCAAACCCGAUCCUCUUCUUCCCUCUGACCAUCCAGUCAUAUCCAACUUUGAAUUGCUUCAUGAAGAACUUUAAGAAUAAUCCACCCUUCCCUUUCUUUUUGUUUUCUCUCUCCCAAUCCAUUGAUACUUUUUUUUUACCCAAUGCCUCUCCCAUUUACCAAUGUUUCUUAAAUCAUAUUUCAGAUUCUUCUUUUUUUUCCAUCAUAUCUUACCUUUUUAAAAAAUUAACAAUUACCUGAAUGUUUGUUUUCAAUCUAUGACAAUUGUGAGAUUUACCUCUUACAAAAGUAACCAGUUUAUUCAGCUUUGUUUAUAAAAACAAAAAAUAAAUCAUAUUACCACUUGUUUGAUUAUCACCACCAAAUUAUGUUUCUUUUUUUUUUUGAAGCAGCUUAACUGUCCUUCCAUGUUGAUUGUUCUUUUCCUUUUUUUUGAUUUGGAAUGUGAUUUUGUAUUUGUAGAGAGUUUGAAUGGUCAAGUGGAGAACUUCCCAUCACAAUCUACGAGCCUCCCAGAAGUUGAUUUACA